AUGGGUGAACUACAGUCGGCACUUCUUCUGAGAAAACAACUUGCAGGACGAUUAGUUUCGUCAUUUAUUAUCAUAUCCUUUGAGAAUGAAUGUUCUCCUGAAGAUUUCCGGAUGACACCAGGGAACAUGCUAAGGCUUGCUAAAUGGAUGAUUGUAAAAAAUGUAAUUAAUCUUGUUACAGAAUUGAAACGAGUUCCUGUUGAUGGAUUUUCAGCAGGUCUUCAAGGUGAUGAUAUUUAUAAAUGGGAAGUGCUUGUUAUUGGACCGCCUGAUACUCUUUACGAAGGAGGGUUCUUCAAGGCGCUUCUGGAAUUUCCUAAGGAAUACCCACUGUUACCGCCAAAAAUGAAGUUCAUUUCGGAAAUCUGGCAUCCGAACAUCGACAAGGAGGGUAAUGUGUGUAUAUCGAUAUUGCAUGAACCAGGAGAUGAUCGAUGGGGUUACGAGAAGCCAGAGGAGAGGUGGUUACCUGUACAUACCGUAGAAACAAUUCUUCUUUCUGUUAUAUCGAUGCUGGCAGAUCCAAAUCACGAUUCGCCUGCAAACGUUGAUGCUGCGAAGAUGCAGCGCGAGAAUUUUCCUGAAUUCAAGAAACGUGUAGCAGCCUGCGUUCGAAAGAGUCAAGAAGAGGGUUGUUGA